CGAUUCUUGAUUUGGUUUGGACUGUGAGCUCAUGCGCCCACACCUACAGGGACCGUUGGAUCGUAUUAUCUGGCAACAUAAUGAAUUCGUGUGUUUCCGCCUUUCUAUUCUAGGCAAGCAAAUCAACGAACAUAUCUCCCUACAUCUCGGGUCCCUGCCAACAUUCCUAGCUGGCCUAGAGUGCUCAAUGCCAGUUGGCAUUUAAGCUGAUCCCCUGAGAAUCUCUGGAAACUCUCUUCUACAUCCCUCGAUUCGACCGACCCUGACUACACUAAGCUGCCCCUCUACGUAAUAUACGUGGUGUGCGCGGUGUAGCCAACAUGGUUCGAUUGCGCGAGAUCUCGCGUACUGCGGCCUUUGCCUGGUCGCCCACUGCUGAAAAGCCAUUGUUGGUUACCGGAACUAGAGCUGGAGCCGUCGACGCCGACUUCUCCGACGAGACAAAGCUGGAGUUAUGGGACCUAAAUCUUGACAGCCAAGAGCAAGGGCUUGAGCUUCAACCCAUUGCGAGCAUUGCCGCCGAUUCGAGGUUCUACGACAUCGCUUGGGGUCAACCUUCCGAAGACUACCCCCAGGGCAUCAUUGCCGGUGCUCUCGAGAACGGUUCGCUCGAUCUCUGGGACGCCGAGAAGCUUAUUGCCGGCGAGUCUGAUGCUUUAAUAUCGCGAACUUCAAAGCAUACGGGCGCUAUCAAGUCGCUACAGUUUAAUCCUGUUAGACCCCAAAUCCUAGCCACCGCUGGCGCCAAGGGCGAACUCUUCAUUUAUGACGUAAACGACCCCGAAAACGCUUUCCGUCUGGGCACCACGGCAGCUCGAUCAGAUGAUUUGGAAUGCGUAGCGUGGAAUACAAAGGUUGCUCAUAUUCUCGCCACCGGUGGUUCUGGUGGCUUCGUUACCGUGUGGGACUUGAAGACCAAGAAGGCCUCAUUAACACUUAAUAACAACCGGAAACCCGUUAGUGCAAUUGCAUGGGAUCCGAACAACUCUACGAAGCUGUUGACCGCUACACCCGACGAUACGACCCCAGUCAUCUUGCUGUGGGACCUGCGAAACUCCAAUGCACCUGAAAGAACUCUUCAAGGUCACGAACAAGGUGUUCUAUCAGUGUCGUGGUGCCAACAAGAUGGCGAUAUUCUGAUUUCAUGCGGCAAGGAUAACAGGACAUUAGUCUGGAAUCCUCAGACGGGAGAACGUUAUGGAGAAUUCCCUGAAGUCACCAACUGGACUUUCUUAACCCGAUUCCACCCCCAUAACCCGAGUCUUUCGGCCACUGCAUCAUUUGAUGGAAAGAUAACCAUCCAGACGCUCCAGAAUACAAACCCUUCGGCCGUCCAGAAUACGGCUCAAAGCAGCCUGGAUGGCGAAGACUUCUUCACCCAAGCUCAGAGACAGCCUCAAGGUGCCGCUUUCUCCUUGUCGAAGGCCCCUAAGUGGCUCGAAAAUCCUGUCGGAGUCUCGUUCGGAUUCGGUGGCAAAUUAAUUAUAUUUAAGCAAAACCCCCACCAACCCGGUCAAAAACGCUCCUCUACAAUCCAAAUCUCACAGUUUUCUGUUGAUUCGGACAUUGGAUCUGCCACCGAGAAGUUUGAAGAGUCCCUGAAAUCUGGCGACAUUACGGCUAUCUGCGAAUCGCACAUAGAGCAGGCUAACUCUGAUGAAGAGAAGGCUGAUUGGCGUGUUUUGGAAACGCUGCUUGCUGACAACCCGCGGAAACAAAUUGUUGAUUAUCUAGGAUUCAACGAGGAGGAAACGCAGGACGAGUCACCCAACGGCGUAACAGAUGAAAGUACCGAAGCAAAAGAAGCCGAGCCUGAGAAGCCGAAGAAGGGGGGAAAGGGUCAUAAGAAAACAUUCUCAACUUUCUUCGCCGAUGGAGAAGGUGAAGGUGAAGAUUUCUUGGCAAGCCUGUCAGCCACAAAGGGUGCUAAAACGGACAACCCCUUCCACCUAUUCGCCGAUAGCGACACAGGUGUUGAAAAGCAGAUUACAAAAGCGUUAAUGUUAGGACGAUUUGAGAAUGCCACCGAAAUCUGCUUAAAGGAAGGCCGUAUGGCAGAUGCCUUUAUGAUUGCGAACUGUGGCGGAAAAGAACUUGUGGACAAAGUUCAAUCCGCUUAUUUAUCCCAGAAGACCGGGAUGCCCAGUUAUCUACGACUUCUGGGUUCUGUUAUCGUCAAAAACCUAUGGGAUGUCGUUUAUAAUGCUGAUCUAGCUGAUUGGAAGGAGACUAUGGUGACACUUUGCACAUUUGCCGACCCAACCGAGUUUCCAGACUUAUGCGAAGCCCUAGGUGAUCGCAUCAUCGAAUCUGGCUCGAGGAAGGAUGCUUCCUUCUGUUACCUAGUCGGCUCUAAACUUGAGAAGGUUGUCGAUAUCUGGGUUCAAGAGUUGGAGGAAACCGAGAAGGCUGGCCUGGCCGAAGCCGACGAUUCCACCUUCUCGAUCCAUGCACGAUCCCUCCAACACUUCAUCGAGAAGGUAUCGGUAUUCCGUCACGUAACAAAGUUCCAAGAUACGGAGACUGGUCUUCCUUCGGGCUGGAAGCUCUCUUCGCUCUACGACAAAUAUAUCGAGUAUGCGGACAUUGUUGCGGCCCAUGGCCAACUCGAGGUUGCUCAGAAAUACCUGAGCCUUCUUCCAACGAAGUAUGAUGCUGCGGAUAUGGCACGUGAACGUGUGCAACUAGCAACGCAGAAAGUGGCCCACCAACCUGCCACAAGGCAGCAAGUCCACAAACCCGCGGCGGCCGCGCGUGUCUCUACUCGAACUGCGUCUGCGCAAGGAGGAUAUCAACCGCCUCAACCGGCCGCUGGCAUUAGCCCAAUCAACCCAUACGCACCCCCGGCCGUCCAAACCCCUCCGGUAAACCCUUACGCUCCACCAACCGUUGGCAAUCCCUAUGCUCCCCAAGGAUACCAGCCGCCACAGCCACAAAUAGCUCAAGCGCCUACUCAGCACCCGGGCUAUGGCCCUCCCCCAACAUCCUUUGGAGGUCCCCCAAGGUCAUCUACGCCAUCGUCCAAACCGCCUCCGAGAGCCUCGAACGGAGAAAAUUGGAACGAUGUUCCUAUGGUAACGAAGGCACCUCCGCGAAGGAACACGCCUAGUGCGGCUCCUAUUACUACCCCCUUCGCCAAUCAGGUAAUGCCGCCGCCGCAAAGUCCUUACGGCUCUCAACGUGGAACAGCUACGCCGCCGCCGCCUCCUCCUAAAGGCCCACCAACCGGAAGGGUAAUGUCUCCUUUAGGUGGCCCUCCACAGCCCGGACAUCUGCCACCUCCGCAUGGACCUGGAUCGGCCGCAGCGCAAACGUACGCACCCCCUCCAGGUGUCCAGACCCCGGGCGGUGGCCCUGGCCUACCUCCGCCUCCAAUGGGUCAUGUUGUCCCUAGAAUGGCUUCGCCUUACAACCAACCGCCAGCGUCCACUCCACCUACGAGCCGAUACACUCCAGUACAGCCGCCUCAACCUAAUCCGUCCCAGCAGCCUCCUUUGGGUCCUCCCCCUCAUGCUAACCGAGCGCCUCCGCCCAACCCUUACGCUGCACCUCCUCAGGCUGCAGCCAUUCACAACCAAUACGCUCCAUCACCAUACGGUGCUCCGCCGGUGCCUCAAGGACCACCUUCUGCCGGCCCUCCAUCAGUGAGCGGUGGUCUACCCGCGUCAACUUCACCGGCACCACCUCCGCCACGAGCCGCCCCACAACCGGCUCGACACCCUGCUGGUGAUCGUUCCCAUAUUCCUCCUAGCGCUCAACAGCUAGUCGACAUUCUAAGCCGUGAUAUGCAACGAGUAGCCGGCAAAGCGCCAGCUUCGUUCGCUCCCCAGGUGAAGGAUACGCAAAAGCGACUUGGUCUUUUGUUUGACCAUCUCAAUAACGAGGAAUUAGUUAAGCCGGAUACCAUCGAGCAAUUGACCAUACUGGCUCAAGCGCUAGAGACCAAGAACUACCCAGAAGCGCAGCGUCUUCAGGUGGAGAUUCAACGGGAUAAGACAGAAGAAUGCGGCAACUGGAUGGUCGGUGUCAAAAGGUUGGUCCAGAUGAGCAAGGUCACAAACUAAGACAAAUGCGGCUGUGUCGAAUCAACUAGUAGUUCGUAGUUUUUGAUGUUUUGACGUAUUCGAAAAGCAUAACGAGGACGGGGUAUCAUGGUUCAUGAAGUAGUAACACUGCUGGUGGCUGUAUGUAGAGCGUGGUUACAUAGAUAGGUUAGCCACUGAAAUUCGAAAUUCCGGGUAAUAUUCCUGAA